AUGGCGAAGCAGAGAAAGGCCACCAAGGCAGCAGCGCCAGCCAAGCGCAAAGACGGGGGCCCGCCAGCACCCUUCAAGCGUCCCGCCGAAGUCCUGCAGCCCAUCGUCGACACGCUGGAUGAGAAGCAGGUCUACAUCAUCCACAUCGACUCCAAGCCCGCCGCCUUCAAGCGCAAGAUCUUCGUCGUGCCCGUGCUGAUGAACGUCGUCAUCGCUGCCCUGCUCGUCUGGCGCAUGUUCCACAUCGGGCCCUACUACCUCAGCAUCUUCGCCUCCGUCCUGGGUUACUCCAACGACACCACCAUGGUCGUCGACGAGAUGGAGUGGGACGAGAUCGUCCCCGAGGUCCUGCGGCGCGGCUUUUCCUUCACGCUGGACUUCCUGCUCUUCAUGUUCGUCGCGCCAUGGCCCCUCGACUUCGUCUUCUCCCAGGAGAACGGGAGCCCCGUGGCGUGGCGGUGGGCCGUCGGGUUCCGGAACCGCGAGGUCAUCGUGCGGAGGAGCAAGAAAUGGGUCGAGACCAUGGGCGACGUGGUCAACGACGAGACAUGCAAGGGCCUGUUCAUGGCUCACGUCAACGUCGCGACGUCGCCUCUGGCCAUCGGCGAGAAGACGGGCUACCUCCUCAUGAACGCCGAGUGGGAUCUGGACUGGGUGGCCAUGGUCGACGCCACCACCAUGGUGGACAAGAAGAUGGCUGCGAUCGAGGCCUUCACGCUCGUUGUGCUGCUGCACCACGAGGAAUGGGGAUGGCUGUGUGUCGACAUGAAGGAGGAAGUCACCGGCCCGCAAGACCACAGGCGACGGCAAGUCAUCAUGUUCAGAGACGCCCUCGCCACCAAAGGCAAGGAGGACCUGUUUUACCGGUGGAUUGAGAUCAUUCAGUACGAAUCGUCACAGCCGGGAGGUUUCGGUCCCGAGAAGCAGGAGGGGGCGGCUAAGCAGAUCAGAGACAUGUUCCAGAAGGAAGGCAUCGAUUUCGAUCAGCAGUGGGAGGAGACCGUCGGUACUGCUCCCUCCGUGGGUAUACAAUGA